CGUAUCAUGUGGGAGUGAGUCAUUGUUUUCUCGGAUAGCCUAGUUCAGUAUAGUCUACUGUACGGCACGACAUAAUAACAACACGACAAAGUGUAGGCUACGGACCAACACAGCAUUCGAUUGAACAUAGCACGGAAUCCUUCUCUUUUCUUUAAUCGGAAAUGUUACCCACCGGUACAGAACAGAAGAGCUCCCACUCUCACCAGGAAGCUCCUGUCUCAAAGAGAAGAACACCAAAACAGAAAGAUGUCAACACCUCACCAACAGCAUCUGGGGCCUCAGGUGACUCCAAGCAGUCAGCCCCUGGGAGAGCCAAACCCCCAGGUAAGAUUGUUGCCAAGAAGAUUCCUGACGUGAGAUACCCCAUCAUCACAGAAAAGAAAAAAGAAGCACAUAUUAUUCAAAUGCCUGACAAGACCAAGACCACUCAAGAUAAGGGGAGACCCGUGGUCCCUCUUCCCAGGCCUGAGAUUGUAUCUCUGAGUAAGAAGAUUGAGGGAGACGUUGUUAAUGCAGUGGAGGUUCACACUCGUGGACAAAGGGAAAAUCCCAGCUGGUUUGAAUGGCGUCAGAACCGAAUCACAGCAUCCACAGCUCACCGCAUCUCCCACAGUCGUUUUGUUAAUGGGAAGAGUCCAACCCCGGCUGCAUCUUACCUGGCGGCUAUCACAGGAGAGGGCCCAAAUGUGAAGACUCGGGCCAUGAGCUGGGGCAUUGAGAGGGAGGCUGAGGCUGUCCGCCACUAUCAAAGCCUGAAGAGCAAAGCUUUGGGGAGACCAGUGCAGGUGCAAGAGUGUGGUCUGUUUAUAGACUCACAACGUCCCUGGUUGGCUGCCAGUCCUGAUGGGAUUGUGCAAGAGUUGGAUGGUAAGCGCCUGCUUUGUCUGGAAGUCAAAUGUCCAUACAAGCACCGUCAAAAUACAGUAGCCCAGGCUUGCAAGGAGGAUAAGACCUUCUGUCUAGAGAUCCAAGGACUGGGUUAUUGUCUAAAACCCAAGCACAGCUAUUACACUCAGAUUCAGUGUCAGAUGGCUGUUACAGGGUUGCACCAGGCCGAUCUUGUAGUAUUCACCUUGCAAGAGACUGCCAUUGUACCUGUGGCUUAUGAUCCUGUGUUUUGGGAGAACACGGUAGCCAAGUUGGAGCUCUUCUACAAAGACGGAGUGCUGCCCUACGCCAGAGAGAAAGGAUUAGACAUCCCAGCUGUGAAGCCUGAAGAGUAGAACCCACAUUCAAAUGACCACGCCAAUUUAGCAGCUCCGAGUAACUGAAAAAAAGUGUUGACAAAUGCUUUAGUGGUGGACAAAGUGCCCAUUUCCUGAAUUUAAGAUUUUGAUUUUGAGGUUGGAACACAAUAACAGCCAUGUGUUGUUGAAUGGGUCUCAACAACUGGUUAUCUGCUUUAUUCUUGCAAUAAAACAAGACACAAGAUUGUAAAUGCCUUAAAUGCUGUUAAGUCAUUUGUAUAAUAUCAAUGUGAAUAAAUCAUAUUGUCAUUUU